GAGUGGCUGAGAUUGCUGCAGAGAUUAGAGGAGGCAAAGAAUGGCUAAGACAGUAUUUACCCUCACCAGCAGCGAGCUAAAGGUUGAUGAUGACAUGAAGAAAAGCUUUGAAGAGAAUGGCUACAUUAUAGUCAAGUCUUUAUUAAGCAGUGAAGAGUUAGAGAAGCUAUCAAGAGUCCUUGAGAUUGAUGGUGGCAUUAGAGACAAUGCUAUACUCCUCAAUGACGGCCAUGGAAGGAACAGCAGACUGAGUGUAUGGAGUCACCCUGGGAAGGACAUCACUGGUAUGCUAGCAAGAUCUGAUAAAGUAGCUGGAACCAUUGAAGAAUUGAUGGGCGGUGAGGUCUAUCACUAUCAUACUAAACUUGUGAUGAAGGAAGCAAGAACUGGUGGAUCUUUUGUAUGGCACCAGGACUAUGGUUAUUGGUAUCAGAAUACUUGCCUGUUCCCUGAUUUAGCCUCUGUCUUUAUUGCAAUUGAUAAAACAGACAUAGAGAACGGCUGCCUCAAAAUAUUGAAAGGGUCUCACAAAGCAGGUCGAAUUGAUCACAUCAGGGUUGGUGGUCAAAAUGGAGCUGACAUGACAAGAGUCGAAAUGUUAAUGAAAAAAUUGGAGCUGAUAAAUGUUGAAUUAGAAGCUGGUGAUGCUCUCUUCUUCCAUUGCAAUGUCCUCCAUAGAUCAGACCAGAACAACAGUGACAGGAGGAGAUGGGCCUUCAUUCUCUCGUACAACAUGGCUUCCAACGACCCAGUACUACCACACCAUCAUCCACAGUACACUCCGUUAAUAAAAGUGAGGAAUGAGGAGAUAUUAGCUUGUGAUUGCACUGAUUUGAGCGGGAAAGGAUUCAUGGACCCAGCUGAUGAUAAAAGCAUUGAAGCACAGAAAGAGGUUGAUGUCAAUAAAACUUCUUCAUAAACUGCUGCAUCAUAUCUCAAUUAACAGCUUUACUAAAUUCCCUUUAUAUUUUGCUAAAUAAAGUUGUUAUUAUA